GAAGAAGGAGGAAGAGAAGAAGGAGGAGGAAGAAGGAGGAAGGAGGAAGAAGAAGGAGGAGGAGGAGGCGCUCCGGUCGUCGUUGUCACGUUCCCGACGUUUCCGUAUCACUAGAGAAGAGCCAGUCGGAGCGGCGCCGGAGUACCUCGGCGACCCCGAUCGCCUUCCUUGGCGCUGCGAGACUGCCUGCACCACGUCGCCUGACUCCACCGCCACCCUAGGUAUAACCCCUCUUUCCGUAUCAUGUUGUAGAUCACGUAACCCAGUUAGGCGUCUCCCGUUCGAAAGAGAUACGGUUGGAAAUAUGCAGAUAUUUGCAUAUCUAAAACCGUAUCUGUUUCGAAUUGUCCACGUUUUUUGGACAGCACGCGGAUGCGUAGGUGGGGUUAGUUUUCAUGAUCUGCUCCGAUCGGAGACAGAGUUUCGGCAUCAUCUCCCUGUUGUUCUCCGGAUACACACUCUCCCUAGCAGGACGUGUAUUUGGAGAACAGCGGGGAGGUGCUGCCGAAAUUCUGUCUCGAAUAGGAGUAGAGAAUGGAAACUAACCUCAUCUACGGAUCCUCGUGUGGGAUUAGGACCUAACCUCACCUAUAAGAUAGUAGGAACGUCGUGUAGAUGCAAUUGAUGUUUAUAUUACUCGCCGCUAUAUAUGUUAGAGGAUGGAGGACCGUGAGUGGAUGUACACGGGCCGCGCAAGUCAGGGUCGGGUCACCAAUGAAUGGAUCGACAAGACCGAUGCUUUCUUGGAACGGGCAUUUGGCGUGGCUGCUAAAGGAGCGAGUAAAAUUUGCUGUCCCUGCAGCAAAUGUGCAAACAGGAAAAGACAAACGAAGAAGGUAAUGGGGGAACAUCUUUGGAAGAAUGGAUUUACGGCAGACUAUACCCGGUGGGUCUACCAUGGUGAAGCCGAUCGUACGAGAGAGGAGGUGGUGAGGCCACGCGUCGAGGAUUAUGAUGCUGAGGCCGGGGUAGCAAACAUGUUAAAUGACUAUCACGAGGCACAGUUCGCUGAAGGACGUACGGAGGAGGAGCCAGAGGCAACCGCAAAGGCGUUUUACGACAUGUUUGCCGCGGCACAGAAACCCCUUCACGGCCAGACAAAGGUUUCUCAACUGGAUGCCAUUGGACGCAUAAUGGCGUUGAAGUCCCAGUAUAGCCUGAGUCGAGACGCCUUCGAUGGUAUGUUGACAGUUAUUGGCAGCCUGCUUCCGGAGGGUCACCUUCUGCCAAAGAGCAUGCACGAGUCACAGAAACUCCUUCGUGCACUUAAGAUGCCGUAUGAGCAGAUACAUGCUUGCCCGAAGGGGUGCGUCCUAUUUAGGAAAGAAUACGUGGAAGCAAAGUACUGUCCAAAGUGUAAAUCAUCUAGGUUCCUGGAGGUAGAUUCUGGUGAUGGCCAGAAGAGGCAGCUUGACAUUCCCGUGACAAUCCUACGGCACCUUCCGUUCAUACCGAGGAUCCAACGGCUAUACAUGACCGAGGAAUCCGCGAAACAGAUGACAUGGCACAAAAAUGGCAAACGAUACAAUCCUGACAGGAUGGUACAUGCAUCCGAUGGUGAAGCAUGGACCCACUUCGAUGGCAAGAAGGGUACCUUGAUGGAGAAGUCGUCAUGA